AUGCUCUGGGUGGUGGACCAGGCUGGCCUGGCCAGAACAACCAGCAGGGUGGUCAACCGGCUUGGCCUGGUCAGCAGCAACCAGGCCAGCCCACCCCCAUGUGGCCUGGACAACCAAACCCUUCCCAACCCUCAUGGCCGGGGCAACAAAAUGGAGGUGGUGGACAGCCAACCUGGCCCGGGCAACCAGGGGGAGGACUGCCCAGCCAGCCAACCUGGCCCGGACAGCCAGGGGGAGGACUGCCCAGCCAGCCAACAUGGCCAGGGCAGCCUAGCCAACCUACUGCCCCUCAACAGAAGUCACUGGUAAGGGAAGACCUUUAAUCCUGAGGAUAUUGGUUAUGGUGAUUUGAAAAACCAUGCCACAAGGUUAGCUUUGUGGCAGACAGUGAUCAAGACCUCUGUGUGUAAGCCUGUCCAAAUGAAACAGCUGUUUUUUAAAUUUUAUUUGCUGUUCUCAAUAGACCAUUUUUAUUUCCCCAACAGAAAGUGCCAUAUGAUCAGAACCUGCCGAACGGAUGCUAUGACAAGAUGCUCAUCACUAUUAACGGGACGAUUAACCACAAUGCCAAAAUGUCAGUAUUCACAUAAAAAAAAAGUUGUUAUUGCAGCUAUUUCCACAUUAUGAUUCUGAAUGUUACAUCAGUCUUGUAGCCAAUUGUAGGUACUCAAGUGGCAUACCCUUCCUUGAUAUGUUGCCUGCAAAACUAUUCUACUGUAGCCUGGGUACCUGUUUGUUUGUGCAAUCUUGCCACUCCUUGGCAUGACAAGGAGAUAAAAUGAUUGACCAAACCAAUCUGGAACCAGGCUACUUCUGCUACUCAAUCUAAGGAUCAAAGAUGGUUGAGCCUAUGUUCGUCAGAAUGUGACUCAUAAGUAUCUACCUCAUGCUGUAAAAAGAGAAUAAUGGGAGGAUUUGCAUAGAUAAUCAAGGAGUGGUGAGUUAAAAAAAUCGAGGUUAUUGUGAAAUUGAAAUCCAUGGGGUUCUUUGAAAGAGGUUGGCAGACACCAUUAUUUAUAAUUCUCAACUGAUUUAGAUUUUCACUAAUUUAAUGACAAUGGGUGAGGAAAGAACAAAUGAAUUCAAUGCCAGAUAAUACCUACCACAAUUCACUCUAAGUCAAGGUCACAGUAACUAUGGCCACAAUCUCUGAGCCCACACAUCACCAUGGAAACGUCAGUGCUGAUGAGACCGCUUUCACAACACCCAUUCCUCACAAAACAUAAUGCUGUUGUCUGACUUAUAAUCGACACUAGUUAAACACAUUUAUGUAAACCUCACAAAAUCCUAGGUUCACCACCAUGUUAUUUGCCUGGUCCCAGAUCUGAUUGUGCUCUUAACUCCAUUGGUCAUUGUCAAGCCAAACUAAAUUGUUUGACUUGAAAAUGAGAGGCAAGGAGUUGGCAUUAUAGCACACAGACUGGCACUUGGGGUACCAUGCUCUUAUUUUAGUGUAAAUGUCAGGGUAAUGUUAUUAUCUCCUUUUUUUAGGUUCUCAUUGAACCUGACCAAAGGGGAUGACAUUGCCAUGCACUUUAACCCUCGCCUUGAUGACCAGGGCAAGAAAACGAUUGUGAGGAACAGUCUGAUAGGCAGUAAAUGGGGCAUCGAGGAGAGGGAACACAACCACUUCCCCUUCACUCAGGGCCAGCCCUUUGAGGUGAGGGAUCUACAUUCCUGUUUACUAUGAUGGUCGGGGUCCAUUGAGAAUUAGUUGUGCACUAUAUUGGGAAUAGGGUGCCAUUUUGGACACAGACUUAGACAACCCUAUAUUAAUCUGAGGAUUUUUUUUUGAGGCGUUUAUGAAAAUGUUAUCACUAUAUACAUUCAUUUAAUUUUAUCAACAGUCAUUGAUUUUUGCAUAAUGAGUUUGGUCCUGUGUUUUUCCAGAUGAAGAUCAUGUGCACUAACAAUGAGUUCAGGGUGGCAGUGAACAGCUCGCACCUCCUGGAGUUCAAACACCGCAUCCGUGACCUCCACUCAAUCAAACACCUGGGCAUCUACAAUGACGUCACCCUCACGUCUGUGGAGAUCAACAAACUCUAA